AUGAAGAUUAAGUUGGUCUUUGGGGGGUUUUCGUUGCAUGUGUGUAGUGUGUAUGCGCCGCAGGUAAGCUUGGAUGAGAAGGCGAAAGAAAAUUUUUGGGAGGACUUGGACGAGGUGGUGAGAAGCCUGCCUAGCUCGGAGAAGAUUGUCAUAGUAGGGGACUUCAAUGGCCACAUUAGGGUCUUACUGGGAGUUUAUAACAAUGUGCAUGGAGGUUAUUGUUAUGGUGACAGAAACUGUGAAGGAGCUGCUAUGUUGGAUUUUGCGAGGGCCUUUGGGCUGGUGGUAGUAAAUUUGAGUUUUCUGAAGAAGGAGGAUCACUUAAUUACCUUUCAAAGCGCGAUAGCCAAGACCCUGAUUGACUUUCUGCUACUUAGGAAGGGGGAUAGGGGGUUAUGUAAGGACAGUAAAGUCAUUUCAAGUGACCAUCUUUCGACCCUGUACAGACUUUUACUGAUGGACUUGUCUAUCAAGAAGUGCAAGACGAGAAGGGUCUGGGAGUGUCAUCCUAGAAUUAAGUGGGGGGCUUGA